AUGCCUUGCAGCUCAAGUGUCAAAAAACGCUUAAUGGGACAUCGGCCCAACCCCGAACCUAGUCACAAACACAUAAGCGAACUAAUAACCGAUUUUAACCCAUUUUUCCAUCUCCUUCUCUCGACGUUUCUGGAAGCUAGGGAUUCUAUUGCCCUUUGUGCUCAACAAUCGGAAAUCUCAGCUAGCGAGGCUGUUCUUGCCAACAGCCGAGCAUUUCAACGAUUUGCAGUGAAGACUUCAAAGUCAAUGGAAGAAAUGUCAAGCAUAGCUGCAAAAAAGAGACAAGAAAUUGCUGACCAGGUGAAGGAAAUGUCUCGCAACUUUGAGUCCAAGAACCGUUGAUGGUUGUUUGUGGAAAAAGUUUUGCGGUCAAAACCUGUAAGCUCACGGAAGCAUUUAGGUUAUUGACAAGACACUCUUUUUAAUACAACAUUAUCACUUUGUAAAUUAUGGGUUGUAUUAUUAAACCAAAAUAUUUAGAAUUCUAAACCAUUUAGACUGUUGAAUUGCAAUGUCUUUUGAUGAAGUUUUUUGUUUGAAUAAUGAAUUCUGAAAUUUGAAUUCUUAAUUUUGAAUUGUAUACCAUUUUUG